UCUUAUUUGUGUGUUAUGGGAUAGUGAACUGUAUUAGUUAAGUCAAUAAUUAUGUUUAUUUUCACCCAACAAACCUUAAUAUGCAAAUGCGUUAAGAGGUUCGGAGAGCUCCGAGAUGACGCCAUGGUUUAAGUAGGCGUGUAUAUGAAGGGGGCGUGUCGAAGGACAUUCACAGCUGGCCAGCGAUUGGCUUUCACUUGCCUAUGACAAUUCUGUUGCCAUAGUGAUUUGGUUUAAAUGUCUGGCGCGAGAGGUGGGCGGGUUCGGAAUAGACUCGGAAUUGCAUAAUUCAGUUUCAGUAGCCUACUUCGCUAUAUAAUGUCAAUUUCUCUAUUUUUCUGCAGUCGAACGAUAAGUGAAAUAUGGUGACGAAGCGAAUUAGGUCCGAAUACAUGAAGAAAUUUAAGGAUCCGAAAUGGGACACUUAUGCAAAAUGUUAUGAGGAUUUGCUGAAGUACAGACUGUCAAGACGGCUGUUGGAGCAAGCGCACAAGCCCUGGUUUUGGGGAGAAUGGGGGAGCGAGACAGGCUCCAGUGGUAAAACUACUCCUCUAAAUCGGAAUAAAGUUGAACCUGAGCGGCUCCAUGACGAGAAACCAGAAAGAUCUACAUGUGUGACACCAGAACCUGCAGCUGAACCAGAACCACAGGCAGAAGACACUGCAGACACCAAACUUGUUACCAGAGUUGCUGAGCAAAGUCAUCAAGAGGGGGAGGAAGAAAGAGCCAGAGAAAGCUCUCCUGCUCUCAACCCAGAAUCUGACACGCAUAUCCUGAACACACCAAAGGGCAAACGACGCUCCUCACACAAGUACACAAGAUCUAAAGUCAAGCCUCAUGCCACCAAAGACUCUGAAAAAGAGAACCGUCACCCUUUUGCCCUGUAUGGUGCAGGAGAGCGGCAGACCGAUAUGGCUUCCAAGAAAACCCAUAAUGUUGGACCUGCAGCAUCAACUGCAGAGAUCCAUGAGUCAGCGUUACGAGCAAAAACCAGACGGGAGGUGGAAAAACAGAUGAAGAGAUUUGACAAACAAAGAGCCAGAUCUGCUGACAUCGAAAAGAACAGAAAUAAGAUCGUCCCUGACUUCAACCCCUGGAUGACGGAGUACAUGCGCUGCUUUUCAGCUCGUUCUCGGUAGUACUGCUUUCUGAAAUCCUUUGAAAAAGUCAGUGACUAUAUAAACCUCUCAGGCUAAACAAUCCAAAACACUUCACAUGAUGCCUGGCGCAUCUCUUCAGCUCACUUCCCGUCUUCCACAAUGAGUCUCAAUGAAUCAAACAGAUUAAGGUUUUUUAGGGGUUUAUUUACACCAUGGAUAUGUUGCAUUUACUGGUACAUAUCAAACAUGAAAACACAAUCCAUUGAUGCUGCAGGGCAAAUUGUCAAACAAUCACACGCAUUGUUGCAUGAUUUUUGUAGGUCACAGAGAUUUACCAGUUCUCUUUACACUCUUAGCCUAUUACUAGAAGGUGUUCAGUAACUGUCAGACAAUUAUAGACAUAUAAUGUGAUGUAUUGUAAUGUUGUGUAUUAUCUACAUUGUGUUAAUAAUAUUUUGUACUUUACAGAAAUCAUUUGCGCCAACAUGGAUCUUUGUGAAGUGUUCAUUAAUCAACACUUAAUCUCACAUUGGCAGUUGAUCUGUUAUAUUAAUAUCUGCUUUCUUUGAAAUGAGAUGUAUUAUAUUUUACUUGUAUAUUCACACUAAUGGUGUGUUCCAUGUGGUAUUGUAUAAGAACAGUAAUAUCAUUACAUAAUGUAAAAAGUCACUGUUAUCUGAAGCAUGAAACUCACAGCAAAAUGACAAAUCAUUUUUGAAAGAGAUCAAUUCUAGCUGUUCGUCAUCAAGCUCAACUUUCAUUCAGUGUGAUGUUAUUUGUUUUUUAGUAGCACUCAGGUAUUUCUUGUUGUAUUUUAUAAUUUAUUAUUGAGAAAUAAUGAUAUUGGGAUAUCUGUACACUAUUUAUAAGGGCAUUGAACUAAUUUUGACUGUUUUUAGUUCAGCAUCUCUGAACAAAUGUACAGGUAUUUUUCCCCCCACAUAUCUUCAUAGUGAUUUAUGGCAUGUACAAUGGGAAUAGUGUUGUUUUAGCAUAAGAAUAACCAAGCCAUGAUGUAUAUGAGCUACAAUAAUAUGAUGAAUAUCCAUUCCACUGUUAUGGAAGCCGUUUUGAAGGGUAUUCAAAUUUAAGUGUUUAGAUAACUGCCCAUGAAAGUGAGAUGUGUUUAUAUGAGAUGAUGGUUUUUCUUAACACUUUCUUUAUGAGGACUUAGUCUGGUGGCUAUUGUGUUUUUAGUCUUAACAUUUUUUAACAGGUUGCUGUUAAUUGUAUGUUAAAGUGAAUUAAAAAAAAAAAUUAAUUAGUGUAUUAUGGCUAUAAAAG